UCUCCGGGGGCGCGCGGUGCAUGCCGGGCCUCGUAGUCCGCCCGCCCGCCCGCCGGCAGAGAGCGGGGCCCGGCCGCCCCAGGAACUACACUUCCCGGCGGCCGCGCGGCGGACCAGGCGUCACGUGGGUGCCGGGCCGGCGGGCUGGGCCUCAGCGGCGGCGGCGGCGCGGCUCCGGGGACCCGGGCCUUUUGUUCCGAGCAGUGGCGGGGGGCCGUGGCCGGUGGCCGUGGCCGGCUCUCGGGGUCCCCGCUCGCGCGGGUGGGUAGGAGGGGGCCGCCCCGGGGCUGGCCUCGCCCAGGCCCGCCGCCCCGCCCAGGCCCGGCCCAGGGGAGGAACCGGGCCGCGCCCGACGCCGCCGCCAGUCCCCGCCGGCCCCUUCUGCCGCUCGCCCGCCGCCAUGAAGAUCAAGGACGCCAAGAAGCCCUCUUUCCCGUGGUUCGGCAUGGACAUCGGGGGCACGCUGGUGAAACUGUCCUAUUUUGAACCGAUCGACAUCACGGCAGAAGAAGAACAAGAAGAAGUGGAGAGCCUGAAAAGCAUCCGCAAGUACCUGACGUCCAACGUGGCCUACGGCUCCACCGGCGUGCGCGACGUGCACCUGCAGCUCAAGGGGCUCACGCUGUUCGGCCGCAGGGGCCACCUGCACUUCAUCCGCUUCCCCACCCAGGACCUGCCGACUUUCAUCCACAUGGGAAGGGAUAAGAACUUCUCCACCUUGCACACGGUGCUAUGUGCUACCGGAGGCGGUGCUUACAAGUUUGAAAAAGACUUCCGCACGAUCGGAAACCUCCACCUGCACAAACUGGAUGAACUUGACUGCCUUGUGAAGGGCUUGCUGUACAUAGACUCCGUCAGCUUCAACGGACAGGCGGAGUGCUACUAUUUUGCUAACGCCUCGGAGCCCGAGCGGUGCCAAAAGAUGCCUUUCAACCUGGACGACCCCUACCCGCUGCUGGUGGUGAACAUCGGCUCAGGAGUCAGUAUUCUCGCCGUCCAUUCCAAAGACAACUACAAGCGCGUGACUGGCACAAGCCUGGGAGGGGGCACCUUCCUGGGCCUCUGCAGCUUGCUCACGGGCUGCGAGAGCUUUGAAGAGGCUUUGGAGAUGGCGUCCAAGGGGGACAGCACCCAGGCCGACAAGCUGGUCCGCGACAUCUACGGAGGCGACUAUGAGAGGUUUGGUCUUCCUGGCUGGGCUGUGGCCUCGAGCUUUGGGAACAUGAUUUACAAGGAGAAACGAGAGUCCGUCAGUAAGGAAGACCUGGCAAGAGCGACCCUCGUCACCAUCACCAAUAACAUCGGCUCCGUGGCUCGCAUGUGCGCCGUCAACGAGAAAAUCAACAGAGUUGUCUUCGUUGGGAACUUUCUGCGGGUCAACACCCUGUCGAUGAAGCUGCUGGCCUACGCGCUGGACUACUGGUCCAAGGGGCAGCUGAAGGCGCUCUUCCUGGAGCAUGAGGGAUACUUUGGAGCGGUCGGUGCACUCCUCGGACUGCCAAAUUUCAGCUAAAGCAUCAGGUGCCUCUGAUGCGAGACCCAGGAGGGACUGAGAACCAGUGUGUUUUUACCGCUUUUCCUGUCACCGGGGACCAAAGGCCGAGAGAGCGGCGAGCGGGCCGCUGCGGGGUGUUGCCGCCGUGCCGAGCGAGCCUGUCGUGGCCGCCUUCUCGUCCAAGUGCUGCCUUCUCUGCGGCCAGUGUUAUGUCCCACUUGCAAUACAGCCUCCGUGCCAGCUGCCGCUCGAGACCCCGUGGCCACCUUCGCAGUACUGUACGCUCAGCCGCACGUCUGCCAGACUCGAGAGACGCUUGACGCAUAAAAAUAGUUGAUUCCGGAUGCUUGUUGUAAGUCUGCUCUCUGAGUUUGAUGGGACAGGAUCUCACACGCCCUGUAUCCGAACUUCCUGAACAGUCAAUCAGAGAUGAUCGUCUGAGGUGAUUUAGAAGUGUUACGGCAACAUUGAUUCUUCACUGGUGGUUCUUGUGACGCAUUCCCUGCUCCCCAAGAGCAUGUCCGUGUACUAUUUCCCUAGGAGACUAACUUUUCUCAAAUGCCAUAAUUUAACUGAAGUAAUACCGUUAAGUAAUAGCCCAAAUUUUAAAACAAUUAUAGAAAAUGCACAUAAAUUUGAUAACAUUGCACUUUCCAGAUCUUGAGUUUUAGUACAUUUUAAGAUACUUAAUUUUUUAAUUGGAGGCCUAGCUAGUUCCUUGCAAGUCUAGUCAGUCAAGUCCUGCACCUGUCCUGACAACAUGCUUAGAGCAGAUGCUUCCAGUGCCUUGGCAGAUUCUGAGUCCUUCCUUCCUGCCUCAUCUCGGUCUGAAAUGAAUCACUUCUGCUUCCUUAGAGCUGAACCCUCAAGGCUGAAGAAUCGGUUCUGUUGUGAAUUUACUCUGAUCAGAUGCUAGGGAAUCUGAAAAGCCAAGUCACGUUGAAAGCCUUUGAUUCUGAGGUAGUAUCACAGAACCAGGCGAGGUCAGUGUUCAAACGUUCAUGUAAUCAAAAGUCGAGUUCUAAAAUGUAUGACUCCCUUUUGCCUUUGAGGUCUCCGUUUUGAAGUUUUCUUUAAAAUGCCAAUCUUUUCAGGACUUCGCUAUGGCAGUGACAUUUUAGAGGUUGAGGAAAAGUCGUUGAAGACCAUUACUAUUUAGGAAGUAGAAGGACUUAGGGGAAAAAAUAUCUGUCCCCUUAAGUUACGAGUAAGUCUGGUUAUACUUGGAAGCGUUUCCAAGUUGUUUACAGGAAGGAAGAAGUGUUACAAAGCCAUUUGACAGACCACUGUUUUGUUCCACAGACAUGAGUUUUCAGAUUAUCGAGCGACUACUUGAUGUAGACACGGAUUUCUCCUUUUUUCUUUCUCAAAAGGCGUGAACAUAUGAGACUACCUAGAGGGCAGAGCAUCUGGAGGAAACUGUCCAGGGUCUAACUCUUAAUCCAGGACAGCUCGCUGGCCUUUUAAAACCACUGACUAGAUGCUUCUCCCCCAAAGGUGCCUGUUGAUCUUAAGAUGCUGUGUGACGAGCUUGGGUUUUGAGGGAUGGGAACUUCAGGUCGGUCGUGGUCAGUCGUAUACUUGUGCCAGGCUGAGCCUUCGGGUUCCCGAGGUAGAUGUGGAAUGUUAAGUAAGGUCUGUGUCGUCCUGACCUGCUAACUGGAGUCUAGUUGAGGUCACCUGCAGGUGAGCGGCCACUAUCCACUGGUCUUGACGCGGAGUUCCUAGGCUGGGGGAAGCCUAGCUUUUGAUCGCGGUGGGGAACUCGGCUGAGGCCUCUGCUGUGCCACCAGGCCCUGUACUCCUGAGCCAGGCCCGUCUGAUCCCUAGAAAUCAGGUGUGAGCCACUUACAGUGAAUAUUUUGAUUCCAUAUUGUGAUUUAACCCCAUGCAUUUGGCACGUUACCUGGCGUAGCGUAACCCGCAGGAAGUUAGCCAGGGGCCAUUUGGCCUCUGUGCUCACAGUCCUCGGUGUGGACCGGCCCGGCUUCAGGCUCUCGGCAGCGGUACAGAGCUGGACAGCACGGUCGGUUCCCGGACUCAGUCCUAGUGGACACCCUUUAGAAAGUCUGUGUAGGGGAGUCGGGCGGUAGGACAGCAGGUUAAGUGCAAGGACUGGCAUAAGAAUCCUGGUUUGAGCCUCAGCUCCUCACUUGCAGGCGGGUCUCUGCAUGCGGUGAAGCAGGUCUGCAGGUGUCUGUCGUUCCUCCUCUCUGUCUUUCCCUCCUCUCUCCAUUUCUUUCUUUUUUUUUUUUUUUAAAUAUUCCCUUUUGUUGCCCCUUUUUUUAUUGUUGUAGUUAUUCUUGUUAUUGAUGUUGUCAUUGGAUAGGACAGAGAGAAAUGGAGAGAGGAGGGGUAGACAGAGACGGGGAGAGAAAGACAGACACCCGCAGACCUGCUUCACCACCUGUGAAGUGACUCCCCUGCAGGUGGGGAGCCGGGGGCUCGAACAGGGAUCCUUACGCUUUGCGUCACGUGCGCGUAACCCACUGUGCUACUGCCCGACUCCCCUCCUCUCUCCAUUUCUCUCUGUCCUACUUAACAACGACGACAUCAAUAACAACAAUAACUACAACAAUAAAAAGGGGGCAACCAGAAAAGGGAAAAUAAAUAAUAAAUGUGUAUGCAGGCGCACAUAUUACGAUGUGCAAGGGCCUGGGUUCGAGCCCCCGGUCCCUAUCUGCAGGGGAAAAGCUUUGUGAGUGGUGAAGCAGUGCUGCAGGUAUCUAUCUGCUUCUCUCUCCCUCUCUAUCACCUCCUUCGCUCUUGAUUUCUGGCUGUCUCUAUCCAAUAAAGAUAAUUUUUAAAAAAUGCCUUCUAUUAAAAAAAAAAAAAAAGCCAGUGUAUGUAUGUAGACUUUCUGGUCCUUCCUGGAGGUCUGCACAUAAACUCCUUAUGGCCCGAGUUUCAUUUCCACUCUGGAAAGCUCUUCCCCACUUUCUGAUCAGGGAGUUCUCUCAGCCUCGGUAAAGAACACACCUAAAACUCGGCUCCACCACCACCCUCUCCCAUCAGAAGUCUCCCGCAGCCCAGCUUCCCUGCCACCUAGUGUUAAGGGACCGGCCCGGCCAGCCUGUCACCCUCGGCUGCCCUCCCCGAAGCAGGCUGGUCACGCCAGCGCCCUUGCCAACACGCGUGAUGUGUGCAGCCUCCCAGAGGUUCUGCUUAUUUGCCAAAUCUUGGGACCGGAGCCCCCCGUCUUUCCUGUUGGUUUGCAGAUGCAAACCCAGUUAUCGCACCUCAGUCCCAGGUCCUAAAAACCCACUUCUGUGAGAAAGCAAUGCGGCCGGGAGGGCCCGGCCUUCCCCUCCAGCCUCGCCCUCGGGCUGUGCCGUCCGGGGGUGGGGGGUACUGUCCUUGUAACCACUCUGCAAAUCCUCCAGCAUCUGUGUGGCGGCUUUCUGUUGAGCACUUUAUGGUUCUGAGUGUCUUGUCUUUGGGAAUGGAGUAUUUUUCCUCUUAAAGCCAUGUAGACAGCUUGAUGAUCAGAGAAAGCAGAAGCCCGUGCUUUAUCCUGCGUCUGUUUUGCUUUCUUCAGAGACUCCUUGAACUUCAAGAUGAUUUGCCAUGAGCCUGGGAGCUAGUCUCAGUCCACUGGCGGUGUUUCGGCUCUAGGGUAGCACCGGAAAGCUUCAAGCGGGAGGGAGGAGAAAAUCCUGCCUGGUAGCUGCUGCAGGUUCUGGCGCCUGUGACUAGGUGGCCCGUCCUGUGACUAGGGAGCGUGGCCAAGGGGGCAGCAGCCCGGCUGGCCGUGAGGUGACUGCCGGCCGGCAUUCAGCGUCCCCUGUGCGGGACGCGGGCCGUGGUGGGAAGAGCCGGGCGCGGUGUGCGGGUUGGGGGACACUGGGGAGGAGUGGCCCCGGUCCAGGGGCCACAGCAGCGCUGCCCGUGGCUCACUGAGUGACCGCAGCUGCUGUGGUAGGACUCCCCAACCCGUGGGGGCACCUCGAAGUGGCCUGCGGGUGUGUGGGCGCUGGUCUGCGGCAGUCUGGUCUUAAGCCAUGUGGGACGUCCUGCUGUCCUGUCGGUUCACGGCAUUUCCGGAGGGGACCGUCAACUGCAGCUCCCUGGCCCUGCUGUGACGGCCCGGUGGCGCCCCCCCCCCCCCAGCCCCCCAUUGUAGGCCUUGACCCGCCGCAGGAGCUGCAGCAGACCUGACUGAGUGACGCCUGCGUGAGUCCCGCCCGGUGGCUGACCACAUCUGCCCUGCUGUGGCCUCCCCCCAGAAGCCCUUGCAGCCUUACUCCCCGACCGCGUUGCUCCCUGGUCGGUCCAAGCUGUGUCUUGCUGGGGCCCCUCCACCCCGACCCUGUGAUGUACAGAUGUAUAACGCGCCACAAAGGUGACUGACUCCUAGUCAACUAAGUUGUAACCUAUUGUAACCUACACAGCAUCUCCUGUAAAUUGUCUAAUUUAUUUUUUCAGUUCUGUACAGUUUCCUAUGUAAAUUGUUACGCUUUGUCAUGACGGCCUGCUCUGUAAAUUCCCCCGCCGGCCCCCGCACGGGACAGACGGGCGGCUCGGGGUUGCCUGUGUGUGUCCCGUGGCCGUUCAGCUGAUGUCCCCCCUCGGCCGCCUUUUCUGUAGUUGAACUUUUUCUAGUUUUGUUCCUGUUCUAAACAGAUGUUCCGAACUAUCCUUUCUAUCUCCUACUUUCAGAAUAAAGCCUUUACAUUGUU